AGCUGAACAGAUGUGAAUCAGUAACUCAGACACAUGAAAACAACUUCAAGCCUAAAAUAAACUCUAAUUAUCGUUUUAAAUAAACAAAUGAUUAGUCAAAGCAUGUGCAUCACAUUAAACAAAAAAAGGAAGUACAUAGACUAAAUAAGAGUCAAUUAACAUCAAUUAGUUCAGUCAUUGGACUGAUAGAAUGGAGAAGUAUGUUUGAAUAAUCUCACCAAUGCAAUAUUGCUGAGUGCUGCAACUCCACCGUUGCAACUAUUACAGAUUAGUCAAAUGCAAUUGCAUUGAAGACCGCAUGCAAAGUAUAAAUUUUGAACAGAAGGAAUAUUAAGUCAAAAUUGCAUUAAAUGACCUCAAGUUUCUAAAUUUCUAAACAAGAGACGUUUGUGUCAGAACUGCAUCCAUUGACUUCAAGUUCUAUUAUGGAUAAAGAUAUAUGCAUAAAGACCUAAACCAAUAGAAAUAAUGCUUUAUGACAUAUUCGAGAGGCUUGUUUUUACAAACAUAAAAUAUUCCUUGAGAAAAAUCAUGCAAAGUCAGCGAGACUUCUUUAGAAACUCAUGCUUUAGUAGGAUCAUUGUAGUGUAACUGGAAUGCUGCUUAACACUGUAAAAAAAUAUUACAUUAACUUGUGAGAUCUGAAAUGCAUAAAAAAAAAUAUAAACGAUGUUUUCUUUUGUCCAUCGAAGAAGAUAUUAAUCCUUUUAGAACUAUUACUUUCAGUGGCUAGUGCAUCCUGUUGUACCUAAUGCCAGGAACUGGUAUUGGUAGACGUCAACAAAUCCCUACUAUUCCCACAACCAAUGCGCUGGAAGCUCCACAUGACUUGCUAAAUCUCACACUUGGGAAUUAGUAAACUAGCACUAUAUCAUAAUGUCUAUGCUGAAACAUACUAACUAAUCUUUUCUCAUCAGAGGAGAGUAGUAAUAGUAACAUCUAAGAAUACGUCUCACAUCCCUAUGCCAUCAGCAUAAAAUUUGACCAGAUAAACCGCUUAUCUGAGGUUAUGGUGGACACAUCUGCUUCACGAAGCUACUAAUCAUGCUAUCAAACAAAAAACACAUCCAAGCUGGUUGUUUCUGCAGUUGAAAUCAUGUAGCAAAACUUCAACAAGCAGUGCAUGAAGAUUGCACAAACAUCUUCAGCAGGAAUCAACUAUAGUCAAACCACACAAGAUUAUGUUGAAACAAACCUCAGCAGAAGUGCUAUUUAGCUCAAGUGUGCCUUCUUUCGAGAAAACCACAAAAGUUUGUCAGAGCCUAAAUUAUUAAAUAUGAAGUGCUGCUUGAGUUGAACUAGCAUCAAUGAGCUUGAUCCAUAAGUAAACGAAGCAAUAAAUAAGAAAUGGAUGUGAACAUUAAGCAAGUGAGAGUAUUAAACUGAUCACUUAACUCCUUUAAAUCAUCAUGGAACCACCCUCCAUCUCAUCUCAAACCACCACCAAACAACCAAGGUGUAUUGUUCCUUGAGCACUUCCAUGGAUUCCGAGAAGCCCAACAAGAUCAUGGAGAUUGUUAGGCUCCAACAGAUGGUAAAGAAGUGGAAGAAGCUUGCUGUUGCACCAAAAAGCAAUAGCAAGGGCAUCAAGUUCCUGAAGAGGACCCUCUCCUUUUCGGACACUUCAUCAGCAUUUUCUGGGGACAUCCCAAAGGGACAUCUAGCCAUCUGUGUUGGAGAGGAGAUGCAGAGAUUUGUGAUCCCAAUGGACUAUUUGGGUCAUGAAGCUUUCAGAAUCUUGCUUGGAGAAGCAGAAAAGGAGUUCGGCUUCCAGCAGGAAGGCGUCCUCAGGAUUCCAUGUGAGGCGUCUGUGUUUGAGAGCAUAUUGAAGGUGAUCGAGAAGAACAAGGAAGGACCCCGCUAUUGUUCUUCAAAAGCUGAGGUUGCCAAGUACCAUCAACCACCAAAACCAGUGUGCAGAUAGAUAGCUAAUGGCUAGAGAUGAUUCUUCUCCCCCCCAAAAAAAUUCUCUUUUCCCUCCUACCUUUUUCGAAGAGCAAAUGCCUAGUGCUUUGAGGUGUAUGCAAAAUACUAGUAGCAAAAGCAAUAGCAGUUGGAAAAUUUUCUAA